AUGACAAGUCAACAAAUAAAUGUUACAGGCAACGUUGAUGGUGGUAGUUCAGAAGAUGAGGAUAAUUUAGCAACUAUGUCAACUUCUACGGGCCGAACAAGUGGGCACAAAAAGCGGCAAAGAACUUCUAAAGCAUGGGAGACAUUUAAUUAUAUCCCUGGGAACCAAUUUGCAGACAACAAAUCAAGAGCUCAAUGCAAAAACAAUCCCAUGCUUUAUGUGGCAAAUAAAGGUAUUUCUAAUCUCAUUCGUCAUAGCCAUAAUUGUAUUGGACAUGAAACUGAAGUGCCGGUGUUGGGCGUUGGAAACUCGAAAGCAAUAGAUCAAAAUAAAUUUAAGGAGCUAAUGGCUAUGGCUAUCAUAAAACAUGGGUAUGAAUUUGCUAUAGUUGAGCAUGGUGGACUUCAGAAUGUGAUGGCCUACUUGAAUGAUAAUUUUAAGUCAUUUACUAGGAACACUGCUAAGUCUCAUUGUUUGAAGAUCUAUAAGAGGGAAAAAGAAAAGUUGAAGACUAUCUUGAGCGAGGUUCCUGGCAGACUUUGUUUGACUUGUGAUUUGUGGACUUCUUGUGCUACAGAAGGAAAUCUUUGUCUUACAGUUCACUAUGUGGAUUCUGAAUGGAGGUUAACUACUAAGAUCUUGAAUUUCUGUCAUAUUCCCCCUCCACAUAGUGCAAUAGUUUUGUUUCAUGCUGUGUAUGAUAUAUUAUAA